CAGGCAGCGGGGCCCGUGUCCUCACCCGCCACUCUGAGCUCGGGGAGCAAGGGGACAGAGGGCCCCUGCACAGCCCUCCGGGGAUCCCUCCCUCCGAGGGAGGAGCGACCCGGGCAGCGCCCCCACUUGCGCCCAUGGGGAGCCGCCCGCGCCCUGGGCUCCAGAGAACCUCGUCAGCGGGCUACCGACUGCCCAGCGCCAGGCGGCCAGCCUCGGCCUCCCCGGCUGCCCGGGGUGGCCCUGCGACGGCCAGGGGCCUCGCUGGUGGCGGCCAGGCCUCGCGGGAGGCCCCGGGCGUGCAGCAGGACCAGCUGUGGCGCGAGCUGGUGGAGGCCGAGCAGCGCGGCCGGCGGCGCUGGAUUGAGAACUGGAGUUUCCUGAAGGACUAUGACCCGAUGGGCAACAAGAAGGAGCCUGAGAAGCUGCCGGACCACGUGCCUCUCUUCUCGGACACGCUCCCCAAUUCCGCAAACCAGGUUGUGGGCAGCAGGGUGGACACGCCCCUGGGGAGGACCCUCAUCCGCCUGGACUUCUCUUUCACCGAAGGGGCUCGCAAGAAGAAGCUGGAGGAGGAGCUGCAGCCGGUGUAGCAGCGAGGCGGCUGUGCGGCCGGGCAGAGCCUCCUGCAGCAGUCUUCUCACCCGCCACCACAGCACGGGGCCCAGCUGCACUAGAGGAUGCUCAGGUGGCCUUGCAUGCUGAGCAUGUCUGCACUCUGCAGCCAACCUGGGUGACCUUGGAGACCCUCACGACAGCCACACCACCCCCGUCCCCGCCCUGCCCCACCUGCCUUCUUUUCAAGAGGACAUCUGCACAUGACCUUCCCCACCCCUGAACCACCCACCAGAACCAGGGGAACCCAGACCAGGUCCUGACCCAGUCUCGUGCUUUGUCCAGGAGGCUGGAUGGGCUGGGAGGCCUCCUGGCCCCUGGCAGAGCAAGAGCAAAGGAGGCAUCAUCAACAGAGAUACGUGGUGUCAGAGUCACGGACGAGGCAGCGUCAGGGGUCAGGAAGGGACUGGAAUCAGGAGCCAAAGAGCACAGUGAGGCCUGGAAGGAUUCUUCCUUCGCCUCUGAUCACUGCUUCUCUGAGCACCUCUGCCUCAUUCUGCUCUCUGGCAGAUCCAGCAUCUCCGCUUCCACACAGUAAAAAACCAAAACAAAAACAACCACCAUCCAAGUAAGCCAGGAGCAUCUUCCUGUGUUAGAAAACAAGGCAGUGUUCAAACUUGACACAGAAUGUAAAAGGGACAGAAGGGACAACCUGAAGGGGUUCCCACAGGACAAAUCUGAGGCAACGAACAUCGAAAUGAAGGACAAUAAGGGCCCAUACCUGUCAGUCUUGCUGGCAUACGCCUGUAAUCCCAACUACUCUAGAGGUUGAGACAGGAGGAUCAAAGUUUGAGGUCAGCCCAGGCACCUUAGACCCUGAAAGGACUGGGUGUAGCUCAGUGGUGGAGCACUUGCUGAGCACCAUGCAUGAGACUCAGGGUUCAAUUCCCAGGAACAAAAGAAAAACAGGGGCUAAUACCUGGCUGCAUCUGAGAGCCCACUUCCCAUCGCCAGAGCCCACAAACUCCAUUCAAUAACAGUAAUAAUAACAAUAAUAAUAAUAAUAAAUCCUAAUAAGUCUUAAAAUUUCAGAUACUGAUAAGGAACUCUUCUAUUGAAGAAUAUAAAAUAAAUAAUAACAAAAUCACUUUUUUUUUUUGUACUGGGAAUUGAACCCAGGGGCGCUCAAAAACUGAACCCUUUUUUAUAUUUAUUUAGAGACAGGGCCUCACUGAGUUGCUUGGGGCCUCACUAAGUUGCUGAGGCUGACUUUGAACUCUCAAGCCUCCUGCCUCAGCCUCCCGAGCUGCUGGGAUUACAGGCGUGCACCAUUGUGCUCCCAAAUCACCUUUUGAUGCCUAUUAUAGCAAUUCUGAUUUAGGUAAGAAUAAAAGACACAAAAAACAUUGGGUCAAAAAUUCUUAGGGAAUAGCAAAUGCUGAAAUCUAGAACAUACCACUUAACCAACAUAAUAAACUCAACCCCACCAAGACCAAGACAGCUGACACCAGGUAGUAAGUCCUCCAGCCAAAUGAAUAAAUAAGUAAAUAAAUUAAUGUAACCUGAGUGUAGUCAGGAAAGAACUCCAGGGAAACCCAAAUGGAAGGACAGUCUGCCAAAUAGCUGGCAUUCAAAAACGUCCAUGUCGUGAAAGACAAAGGCAGGCCAAGGAAGUAGUGCAGAGCAAAGACAGAUCAUAGUUGAUCCAGCUCCAGGGUUCAAGCAAAACUGGUUAUAAGGGACACUUUGCUGAGUAAAAUAGUAGAUGAUGGAGUAAACACUGCGUUAGUGUCACCCGCAGGCAGAGUGUGCAGGGAGAUGGUUGUCCUGGGUGUGGGGAUUCUGGGGCACUGACUGCUCUCAAAGCUGUGGGGGCGGGGCCCCGAGUGAAAUCAGGUUUGGGCCUGACAUUCUUGCUCUUAGGAGUCCCACCUGGUGCUCUGUAAAGUGCUGUGGUGUCAAUAACAAACUCACAGUAGCUUAACACAAAUGUUUGGUGCAUAGAGACAGACAAAGCAAACGUGGAUGAAGUGUCAACAACUGAUUAAUCUGGACGGAGGGUAUGUAAGUGUCCAUUGUACUAUUUUUGUGAUCUUUCCAAAGGUUUGGGAAUUGGAAUAAAAAACAAAGGUGGGGGACU